AUGUACUCUCACACCAUCGACGCUCUUCCUGCCUACAAUAACGAGAUGCCUAUCUUCAACCUUGCAAUGACCCUCAUCUGGGGUGCUGCCGAGCUUCUUCUGUCUAUCGGCUUCAUCACCGCAUUCUCCUUCAUGGUCUGCUAUGGCUUCGGCGCCGCCAUGGACCCUAAGGGCGUCCAAGCCGACGACGACGACGAGUCGGACGUACCGUCAAAAGAGAACACCGCCUCCAUUUUCAUGUCCGCAAUGCUCAGCGGCUUCCACGUCACCUUCGUCUUCUUCGGUCUCCCUCUCUUCGGACAUGCUACCGAGUCCUUCGUCAUGCGCCUGAUCUACUCCACCGCCAUCAUUGCUGCCUUGACCACUGCAGUUGCUCUCAGCACCAUCGUCUUCUACCUCCUCGCCCCUGUCGUGUCCGCUUGCUGGCGCGGUAUUACCGGACUGUUUAGAAAGACUCCUGCACAGGACGAACAAGAUAUCGAAGCUCAGCACGAGCGCGAAGCCUUCCUCGACGAGAAGAAGCUUGAGUCCGAAGUUGAAUGA